AUGGUGAACUGCUGUGGUCUGCUAACUGCCCAGAAGGAACCAGUUCCUCUGAGGAGCAUCGAGGUGGAGCUGCAGGUGAAGGACCAUGUAGCUACAGUGAUCUCCACUCUGAUCUAUGACAACAAGGAGGACAAACCUCUGGAGGCGGUUUUUGUCUUCCCUCUGCCAGGAGAUGCUGCUGUGUGUCAUUUCAGUGCAAAGCUUGGAAAGACGCACGUUGUGGCGGAGGUGAAGGAGAAACAGCAGGCUCGUGAGGAGUACGAUGACGCGCUGAGCUCCGGCCAGCAGGCCUUCCUCCUGGAGGAGAGCGAGCAAAGCUCCGACAUAUUCUCCAUGAGUGUGGGCAGUCUGCCUCCAGGGGAGAGCGCCUCCAUCAGGCUGGAGUAUGUCACUGAGCUGGCUGUGCAGGCUGAUGACGGGCUGAGGUUCUGUCUGCCCGCUGUGCUCAACCCCCGCUACCAACCCCAGGGUGCUGCAGGUGUGGCUGUCCAGGUGACGUCGGUCCCAGCCUCUCUGGUGCCCUACAGUCUGUCCUUUAGUGCCCGGGUUUCUGCGCCUCGUCCCAUCUCCAAAGUGGAGUCCAGCAGCUCCCUGGAGCCUCUUCAGUACCUCAGCGCUGACCAGACACAGGCCACUGUGAAGUUAUCCGAAGCGCACAAGUUUGACAGAGAUGUUGAGCUGCUGAUUUAUUACAAAGACGCCCACCAGCCCACUGCUGUGGUGGAGGCUGGACAGGCUUCGGCCAAGUCUGGCACUCUGAUGGGUGAUGCGGUGGCCAUGGUGAGCCUGUACCCUGAGUUCCCUCAGGCUGUGAUGUCCUCACUUCAAUCGUGUGGAGAGUUUGUGUUCUUGAUGGAUCGAUCAGGCAGUAUGAGCUGUCCCAUCAACAACCAAAAGCAGCAAGAAACGCGCAUUAGCAGUGCAAGGGAUACUCUGCUGCUUCUGUUGAAGAGCUUACCGAUGGGCUGCUACUUCAAUAUCUAUAGUUUUGGGUCUCGGUUUGAGCACAUCUUCCCCACGAGUGUGGAGUACAGUGAGAAGACCAUGGAGGAUGCUCUGAAGAAAGUUGAGCAGAUGCAGGCUAAUCUGGGAGGAACAGAGAUUCUUCAGCCCCUCCGACACAUUUACAGCCAGCCCUGCAUUCCCAAACAGCCCAGACAAGAGGGAGGGGGUCAUGCUCAGUUCAUCACAGGAACUGACAGGAUGCAGCCAAAGGUGAUGCAGUCGCUGAGAUUUGCAUUGCAGCCAGCUGUGGAAGACAUCUCAGUAACAUGGAGUUUACCAAAAGAGGUGUCGGCCACCGUUCUCUCUCCACCAAUCACUGUACUUUUCCAGGGUCAAAGGUCCCUGAUUUACGCCCAGCUCACUGGGACGGGUUCAGAGGCAGCAGUGGGCAGUGUGACAGUGAAGUACAGCCUUGCAGGUCAACCCUCUGAGAGCCAGCUGCAUUUCGGCCUCAAACCUGCAGAGGACACUGGAUUAACGGUCCACAGGCUGGCUGCUCGCACUGUCAUUCGCUGCCUGGAAUCAGAGGACAGGCCACUCGAACAGGAAAAGAAAGAAGUGAAGGAGAAGGUGGUUGAUCUAAGUGUCCAAUCAGGAGUGAGCAGUUCUUUCACCGCCUUCAUCGCUGUCAACAAAGACAGUGGAGAGUCCAUUCAAGGACCUCUGCUGCGCCGCAAUGUUCCAACACCCAAUCUUACACCCAAGCAGCCUCCCAGAGACCCUCUGCUGCAGCUGGUCUCCCUGCAGAAGGCGUCCGGCUGCUGGCUGCUUGAUGCGGCUCUGGCCUCUGCGCUGGGAAAGACCCGCCAAGAGGUGGAAAAGGCAAAGCCUGCACCGAUCAACAAAGAGGUGUGGGCCACCAUUCUGGCUCUGAUCUGGCUUCAUGGUUUCAAGAUGGAUGCAAAGGAGGAGUGGGAGCUUCUGGCUGCAAAGGCUGCAUCGUGGCUCCGUGCUCAGAACGCAUGUCAGACAGAAUGUGUGGAUGCUGGAAAUGCUCUGCUGGGCUGCAGCCUCCGCCCCGUAACCGCCAUAAAACAAGACGAAGAAGAAGCUCCGCCCCGUUCUGAUCAGCCUUCACCAGAUCCACCUGCACCUCUGACUACAGACCCAGCCCUCAGCCCAGCCACUGGGGCCAGAUUAUGUUGA